AUGUCUGCUCGGCGCUGCCCUUGGAGGAGGGCCGCCGUGGGCGCGAGCUGUGUCUUUUGCAAACCCUUCGGCGGCUGGGGGCUGGAGCGGGCUCACGCGGAGGAAACGAUCUGCGAGCUGGUGACCGCCGCGGGUGCGUGCGUGCCCGGCGCCGACGAGCCCAGCCUCGUCGUCUCGCUCCUGCAGGCGGGCGACAAGUUCAAGGCCCGGCAGACCGUGCCCACAGGCUUCUUCGAGGACGCGCCCGCCCAGGCCACCCAGGCGGCCAAGGACAUUGCAACUGCCCAGGCGCAGGCGCCCUUUGACGUCGGCAACAAUGCCGUCCCCUUGAACCAGUACGAGGCCUGGGCGAAACCGGCGUCGCUGGCGCAGCAGCCCCAGUCGCUGGUGCAGCAGCUGGCGCCGGCUGCACAGGUGCAGGGUGCAUACACCGCCGCGUCGGUUUACGGGCCCGCGGCGUCCUACGGGAAGCCCGCCACGGCACUGACGCCGCAGCGGGAUAUUCAGCAGCAGCUGGAGCGCCAGGCUAAGCUCGCGCAGGAGGACGAGCGGCGGGAGCGCGAGUUGCAGCAGCAGCAGCAGCAGCGGCAACAGCAGCUCGAGCUGCAGCGGCAGCAACGCGAGCAACUGGAACAGCAGCAACGGCAGCAACGUGAGCAGCAGGAACGGCAGCAGCUAGCCGCUGAUGAUCAAAGAACGAUGGUCCAGGCGCAGCAGCAGCAACAGCAGCAACAGCAACAACAGCAGAUGCAGCAGCAGCUACAGCAACAGCAGCAACAGCAGCAGCUGCAGCACAACAGCAGAUGGAGCAGCUGCAGCAGCAGCUACAGCAGCCGCAGCAGCUGCAACAAAUGA